AUGCUAAAUGAUAAUGAUUUAUUUGUAGAAUGGUCUGAUGACAAAUCAGAGAUGUUGGCAACAUCAUUCAAAAUAGGACAACGAAAUUUAAAUACUAUUCAACUUGUAAAUGUCACAAAACUUCAAUUGGGAAUUUGUUAUCGUCGUGCAACUCAUCAUGGUUCUAAAUUUACAGCCUUGGAUAAAGUACGUGCAAAAAUAUUUGCUCGUCUUAUUUCAAUGCCUGUUCAACUCAAAUAUCUUUCUCUUGAAAAAUUUCAAUGGCUUUUAUACGUUAUUGAAAAUGCUUUUGAUGACUUGAAAGAAAAUGUACUAAGUACUGUUCAACAUGCUGAAUUUGGUAUUCCUAGUUGUAAUCUUGGUAACUACGAAUCCAUUUAUGUUGGUAAACAUCUUGUACCUUUCCUCAAUAGUUAUAUGCCUCAUUUACAAACAUUAUGUCUUUGGAGACCAGAUGAUUUUCCUUGGACAUCAAUUCGACCGAAUUUAAAAGCUGGUCACUGUUAUAGACUUUUAACAAGACCAUGGUUGCAAUAUCUACGUACACCUCAAUCAAUCAACGAGCAUGUAACUGUUUUUGAACAAGAUCUUUGUCAAUUAUUUGAAGGAUUAAAACAAUUUGUCUUUCUCAAUAUUUAUGGUACAAUUCCUGUUGAAAAAGUCGAGCCUUAUCGUUUAAUGACUCAAUGUCGCUUUCCAAAUAGUCAAUUUGAUAUUCAAAUGUCAAGAUUUCGUCUAUGGAUAUGA